AUGGAAAGCGACAUUCUACUACUGGAGGGGGUCGAGAGCUUGGGAAACGCGACGGAUAAUAUCGGGGAUAAUCAGGAGGCACACGCGGCCAUGGUUCGGGGGAUGGUCGACCAGCAGACGUCUCAGAUCAGGGACGCUGCUCAUGUUGGCGAGAAGGUGGACGCCGCCGCCGAAGGUCUUUUCCGCGAGCACUUUCCUUAG